CUUGAUAUCUGUUUCAGAGACGACCCAACAAUGCGCAUUGUACUUUACGUCAAAUCUAUCGAUCAAAAUUCGUACAAGAACAGAAGAUAUCCCAAUGAAAGUAUCAUUUAUGACAGCAUUCAACCUGAAGCUGAAAUACAGCAUAAAAUCGUAAAUCAAGCACAACGCGUGGAGUUUCUAAAUAUAAAAUAUUUACCACUUGGUGUAGAUGAUAGUGGUAGAUAUGAUCCCCAUGUGGUCCCCCACCAUAGUACUAAUUGGUCAAGAAGUUUAUCCUUUGAUGAAAUAUUUAGCUGUGCUUUGAAAGUUACUCAUGUUCUUGAUGACAGAACUGUCAAUGGAUUUACAAAAUGGUACACAUACAAAAAGCUCAAGUUGAUGGAUCCUACGAGUAAAAGAAGAAUGAGUGAAGCGGGACAAAGAGUUGAAUCUCGUUUACUUUACACAUUAAAGGACAAUUUUGUUGGUAAGAACCAU